UAACACUAAUCUGUUAUCUUCCCAACAAAACAGUAACAUGAAGAUUCAACGAAAAUAAAAAAAUAAUACGAAUCAAAUCGACGACCACUUUGUUUUGUUCUUCGGUCUCCCACCAAUUCUUUCUUCACUGCUAUAACUUUUCCCUAUUAUUCCUUUCAACGUGGAUGCUCAGAGUCAGAUUCAAACAAGUGUCACAAUCAAUGUCUGAAGAUCUUCUGAAACUUACAGGCUCUUGAAUUUUCCGAUCAAGAUCCAACAAAUAAAUCGACAGAUCAUGCUACGAUUAAAAGAAAUCAAGUCAUUUCAUACAGAAAAACGAUGGGCAUUCCCUCUGGCAAUAACAUCGAUUGUAUCCUUAUUCCUAUUAGCGACCUGUUUCAACAUGGGUCUUCUUCCACCAUUGUACAAAUUGAAUUCAUAUUUCCCAAUAUUCAACUCUCGUAUUUCCCCAAAUCAAUCAACAACUCCACAUUUCGCCGAAGAUAAAUUCAAAUCGCCUCCUGUAUCAUCUUCUCUUCCUUCCACACCUCGAUUUGCUUAUUUAAUUUCUGGAUCAAAAGGGGAUUUGAAUAAACUAUGGAGAACACUUAGAGCUUUAUAUCAUCCAUGGAAUCAUUACGUUCUUCAUCUUGAUCUUGAAUCGGAACCCAACGAGAGAAUCGAGCUCGCGUCACGAGUUGAAAAAGAUCCCAUGUUUGCUGAAAUUGGGAAUGUUUAUGUGAUCAAAAAAGCGAAUAUGGUAACUUAUAGAGGUCCAACAAUGGUGUCGAAUACUCUUCACGCAUGUGCGAUUCUUCUUAAAAGGAAUCAAGAUUGGGAUUGGUUUAUAAACCUCAGUGCAUCCGAUUAUCCUCUAGUCACUCAAGAUGAUCUUCUUUCUGUGUUUCGUGGUAUAAAACGAGACUGGAAUUUUGUUGAGCAUACUGGUCAAUUGGGGUGGAAGGAGGAUCAAAGAGCGAUGCCAUUGAUGAUUGAUCCUGGAUUAUAUGAGAAUAAGAAGUCUGAUAUUUUUUGGGUGCAACCAAAUAGGCCUCUACCAACUGCGUUUAAAUUGUUUACAGGAUCCGCAUGGAUGGUUUUAUCGCGUCCAUUUGUAGAAUAUUGCAUAUGGGGAUGGGACAAUCUUCCAAGAACAAUGCUCAUGUACUACACAAACUUUGUCUCCUCACCCGAAGGCUACUUCCAAACCGUAAUAUGCAAUGUACCCGAAUUCAUUCCCACAGUCAUUAACCACGAUAUGCACUUCAUAUCAUGGGACAACCCUCCAAAACAACAUCCACAUGUCCUCAAUACGAAUGACACGUCUAAUAUGCUCAAUAGUGGGGCCGCAUUUGCACGUAAAUUUGACCAAGAUACCCUUGUUCUUGAUACAAUUGAUAAUGAGUUGUUAAAUAGAACCAAUGGGAGCUUUACUCCGGGUGGAUGGUGCAAAGGUGAACCGAAUUGUUCUAAAGUUGGGAAAGUCACACGGGUCAAGCCUGGACCCGGGGCUAAACGGCUUAAGAGGCUUAUAAACAAGUUGAUUAAAUCAGCUAAAAAUGGAAAUCAAUGUCGAUAGGUUUAUAUAUUUUGAUUUUUUGAGAUAGAAUAUUUUGAUGAGUCAAUUGACAUAGUUUUGAUCGUA